AACCCCCACAUGCCUUUGUUUCUCUCUUUACACACCCAUUAGCUCCCACCAUAUAUACCCCCCCUUUACUCUCCUUUCUUCUCUAAACCUUUCUCUCUUAGCUCUUUUCUCUCCAUUUACUCCCGGCCCACAAUAUUUUAGUGUUCCUCUCUUUACAGUUUAGUAAGAAAAGAAAAUGGCAAUCAGGAAAUCAAACAAACUGCCACAAACAGCAGUGAUCAAGCAAAUCCUGAAGAGAUGCUCCAGCUUGGGAAAGAAACAAAGCUACGACGAACAAGGCCUCCCUUUGGAUGUUCCCAAAGGUCAUUUCGUUGUGUAUGUUGGUGAAAACAGAACCAGACACAUCGUUCCCAUCUCUUUCUUGACCCGACCCGAGUUUCAGUCCUUGCUUCAUCAAGCUGAAGAAGAGUUUGGUUUCAAUCACGACAAUGGCCUCACAAUUCCUUGCCAAGAACAUGUUUUCCAGUCUCUAACUUCCAUGCUCAGAUGAACAGGAAAGGCUACCAUUGGUGAACAAGAUAAGGCCCGGUUAAUAGUUUUUUCUGGAGAAGAUGAUUAUGAGCAAGCUGCUUUGAUUGCUUCUCUGAUUAGAUCUUUCUCCCUUUUUUUCCCCUCUCUGACCCGAAAAAACCCAUGAAUAUAUUAUUAUUUAGUUUAUAUCUGGGUUUUAGAUUUGUAAAGCUGAGAAAGACAAAGUAUGAAAAUUUUCCUCACUGAGGUGUUUGGGUUGUAAAUCAACAAAUAGCAAUGUAACCCAGUGAGAGAGAACUAAUGUGAAGGAUUUUGGGGUUGCCUGUUGGCUCUCCAUUUUUAUUUUAUUUACCCUUUUUUUC